UAAACCUGACAAACUUUAGGAAAAGAAAAACACGAAGAAAAUGAGUUGUUAGAAAAUGCUCUGCGCAUUGAGCCUGGAGAAUCCGAACUCGGAUCCGACCCGCAUUUCCCAUUCUUCAGUCUCUCUUAAACCCUUUCCCAAACCACCAUCAGAAAACAAAAACGACACACAAAACCAUGGCGUCCUCCCGCUGCUCCCACCUCCACCGCGCCCUCCGCUCCUUCUCCACCACCACCAGACCCUCCCACCACAACAGCCACCGCCACACCCACCUCUACACGGAGCCGAGCUCCUUCAUCGGCAGCUGGGACACGCCGAGCAACCCCAGGGAGGCGGAGGCGAAGCUCGCGCUGCUCCGGCGAGACUACGCGAAGCAGGUCAAGGAGAUCCGCAAGGAGUACGUCAAGGAGGUCGAGCUCAUGAGGCUCGAGAAGCUUCGCAAGGACGAGGCUCGUAGAGAAGCCCUUAGGGUCCAGAACGAGGAGCGCCGGAGGCUUAAGGCGGAGGCCGCUAAGGUCCGGGCACAACAGCGCCAGAUUGAGGAGGAGGAGUUUCGCCAAACCCUAUUAAAAGAAAGAGCAGAAAAGCUUGAGAAUUGGAAGAUGAAAGAAAUGCUUCGGGAAGAAAAGAAAAAACAGAAGAAUGAACUGUUACGACGUCAGAGUUCCCUAUGGAUUGAUGAACCAGAACUGGAGAAGAAGAUGCUUGAAGCCAUGGUUGACACCAGAAACCUAUGAGAAUCUCAUUUGCCAUUUGAAUGGAUCUUAAAGAGAGUCCAAAUGUCUUCAAAUUUUUUUCCACCAUCCCUCUAAUAUCCAAAACCUUACAUAUUUGUAUACUGCAAUAUGUCUGUUCAAAUUUUGGAGUUCAAUAAUGGUCUGAAAUGAUUCUGUUCA